GUCAUUUACAGUCCUCCGGACAAUUUAACCGUGUACCUAUUUGACUCGUCGCUCUGCAGUGCUGUACAUAUAAUGCAAAGAAAACAUGAAAUAGCUCAGACAAUGUACAUAUAAUUAUAGUUCUACACAGCGGCAGCCACAGUGAGUCUACGCAAAAUAGAUAUUUUCUCUUUUUUUAGUCUGAAUGAUCUAACUUGGUUUACUGUAGACCUAGUGGGUGGGUGGAGUGAGUACAGUAUCUGCUGUAUAACAAGAAGAUGGCGAGCGGGGUUGGAAAACACAAGUUGCUCUCCAUGGGGGCAAAGGAGCCGUGGUCGGUGAGGGAGAAGCUGUGCUUGGCUACCUCUGUCAUGAAGAGCGGGGACCAGAACUGGGUGUCUGUCAGUCGAGCCAUCAAACCAUUUGCAGAGUCGGGACGACCCCCUGAUUGGUUCUCACAAAAGCACUGUGCCUCCCAGUAUUCAGAGCUCCUGGAGACAACAGAGACCCCAAAACGGAAACGUGGUGAGAAAGGUGAGGUGGUGGAGACGGUGGAGGAUGUGAUCGUCCGCAGGCUCACGGCAGAGAGGAUUGAUGAACUGAAGAGACUGAUCAAAGACACACAGGAGAAGCACAGGAAGAUGAAGACCGAGGCAGAGCUGAUCCAAGCCGGGCACCUGGACUCCAAGCUAGAGGAUCUAUGGGGAGAGAUUGUGCAGAAGAAGAAACAGGAACAGGACGAGGCAGACGUGAAAAGGAAGGUCACAGACACAGCCUAUCUAGCCAGACAGGCGGUGAAGAACACCCCUAAAAGAGUGCCCAGUGUGACCGUGCGCUCUCCCCUGGGGUGCGGCUCGCCAAGCCUCGAGUUCUGCCAAGGGGACACACCCCAGAGCACACCCGAGGACCCCAGCACCUCAGUGACUGCACCAGGAGUAGCAGGGUUCAUGCCCCUGACUGAGGCCUGUGGGCUGGGUGGUGCAGAGUCAGGCCUGGGCACUCUUCUGGAUGAAUCCCCACAAAAGAAGCUCUUGGGCCAGAAAGCCACGCCGCCACCAUCCCCUCUCCUCUCUGAGCUACUGAAGAAAGGCAGUCUCCUACCCACAAGCCCCAGACUGGUUGGAGAUGGCGACCUGCCUGGUAAUAUGACAAUAGCACAUGACCUACAGCUCACAGGCUCUGUUCUUCCUGGCAGUCUAGCAACAGGUGCCCCUACACUUUCUCGUCUGCUGGAGGCUGGGCCUCAGUUCUCAACUCCGCUGGACUCCUUGGCCAGCAGCACAGACUCCUCCAGUGUCCUUCUCACUGCUGCACCCCCCACUAUGGACUCCCCCGCCUCACUACACACAGGAGGGAAUGAGGUGGGGGCCUCCCUGCCUGGCCCAGGGGAUGGGACAGAAGAAGACCUAGUGACAGUGUCAUACAUGGCAGAAGAAUUGGACCUGGAGACAGUGGGGGACAUCAUCGCCAUCAUCGAGGACAAGGGUGAUGAGAAUACUGAGGCUUUGGAUGCGGCUGCAGUGGAGGCUGCUCUGUCCCUGUGUGAGGAGACAGGCCAUGCCCUGUCUGGCCAUUGGGAGCCAGGGCCCUUCAAGUCCCCUGAGUGUGACCGUUCUGGGGCCUCACACCUCUCCUCCCUCGCUGGCAGUCUGGAGAUGAAGAGGGAGGUCAUGCAGUUACGGGGUGGGACCUCUGCAUGUGACAGCCAGGACAACUGUCCAUCAGGGUACCCACACCCCCUGGGCAUCAGCGGCCUUCCUCCCUCCUCCUCUUCCUCCUCCUGCUCGUCUAUGAUGCUGGAGCACAGCCAGGCUAUUGGGGCUCGUCUGGAGCCUGGGGCCAUGGGCGGGGCCGAUGGGGAGGGAAGCCCAGUCUCUCCCCACGCCACCAUCAGGUGUGAGAGUGAAGAGUGGACGCAGCAAGGAGCUGACAACCCAUAUGCAGACUCCGAGGAUGGCCCCAUGACAAGAAGACAUUCCAAGGACGUGAAGGAGGAAGAGGGGGUGAGCGACGGAGAGGAGGGGAGUGCCUCAGAGACUAAAGAGGGCCUGGAUGGGGAUGGGGGGGAUGAGGAGGGGGACGGAGCAGAGGCCUACCUGUCGGAGGCAGAGGGGGAGACCGAGCUGGAACCCCCAGCCAGUGAGAGUGAGGACGGUUACAGUCUGCACACAGCCUCCUCCUCUCUGCAGCUCCACACCACUGCAGACUCUAUCCCCAGCAGCCCUGCCUCCUCCCAGUUUUCAAUGUGCAGUGAGGACCAGGAGGCCAGACAGGCUCAGAAGAUCUGGAAAAAAGCCAUCAUGCUGGUAUGGCGUGCAGCUGCCAAUCAUAGGUAUGCUAAUGUAUUCCUGCAGCCUGUGACUGAUGACAUUGCCCCGGGGUACCACAGUAUUGUUCACAGGCCCAUGGACCUGUCCACCAUUAAGAAGAGCAUUGAGACCGGUCUGAUCCGCACCACGGCAGAGUUCCAGCGGGACAUCAUGCUGAUGUUCCAGAACGCGGUGAUGUACAACAGCUGUGACCACGACGUGUUCCACAUGGCCCUGGAGAUGCAGAGGGACGUCCUGGAGCAGAUCCAGCAGUUCCUGGCCACACAGCUCAUCAUGCAGACAUCCGAGUCUGGCGUCAGCGCCAAGAGCCUGAGGGGCCGGGAGAGCACCCGCAAGCAGGACCCCUCGGACAAGGAUGGGGGCACCAGGGGGCGCCGUUGUGCCAUAGAAGCCGACCUGAAGAUGAAGAAAUAAGCCGCAGGGAAGCAGCUGAAGACUGGAAUACGUCUGAUUGGUGUCCUCCGUGGUCAUGUCCCACUUGAUUACGCUAACGAAGGACACCACAGUCGGGGUCAAUGUCGUUCCAUGUCCUGUCACUUCAAUUGGACAUGGCGUGUCUCGCUGAGAGCCAUUCCUGAAUUGCAGUUUAGAGAACGCAACGAGAGCUGGGCGAUAGACAAAAAUCCAUAUCAUGAUAAAUAGAAUACGUUUAUAACAUUAAUGUGCAGCAGUUCUUUAUUACCUUAACUACUAGUACUUUGAAUGUUGUAGCUAUCAAUUGUUCAAUUUAACUAUCACCCAUAUUAGCAGACUCAUUUAAUUUCAAACUUCACAUUUCUCCAGUAUAGGCUUCUUUUCGUAAUGAAAGACAUCAGCAAAAAGUCCACGAUAAGUGGUCGGUUCAGUCGGUGUCGAACAUUUCCGGUUUAUCUUCCCAGCUCUAAACUCAAACCCAGCACUGAGAAUCACUUAUUUCCCAACUUCUGAAUGUGUCAACAGAAAACAUAUAGACCUUGCAUUGUGUAUGUCAAUUGUUUUUAAGUCCUAUGUAUAGUAUUGUACAGGCAUGUCCCUUGUGUACAUAUGGUGACCCAAUAAAUAUUUGUCGCAAGA